UUUGAGAAAACAAUCAAAAACAAACAUAGUUCGAGUGAAAUGUGAACUAGCUCAGCCAAAUAUCUUAAUCGGAAACUGGGCGCAUAUUCAGCCCUGUUUCAUUUCAUUGUGAAUUUCAAUCGGUGGUAACCGAAGCUUACGUUCAGACUAAUCAAAAAAUGGCCAACAAACCGCAGAUACCGCUGCCAUCCGAAGAUCUGGACUGGAUACAGUUACGUCAGGAUCUUGGACCAGUUGUCGAAAUUGAAACGACGAAGGAGCGACUCGUACGUAAAAUCAAGGAAAACCCUUUGGUGCCCAUUGGCUGCCUGGCGACCACAGCCGCUCUGACCGCUGGUCUCUACAAUUUUCGCACCGGCAAUCGUAAAAUGUCGCAGUUCAUGAUGCGCACUCGUAUCGCCGCCCAAGGAUUCACAGUCCUUGCACUUAUCGUGGGCGUCGUGAUGACCUAUGGCGAGAAGAAAUAGUGUGAUUGCUCUACUAAUUACUACUUUUAAAAUGUACAUACGUAUAUAGUAGACAUUAAACGACUAUACUAGAGUUCACAUACAAGCAGACAUACACAUAGGUAUAAUUGAUAUAUUGAAUAAGGCAUAGAGAGCACCUAUGUGCGUGUGUAUUAGCCAGAUUCUAAUUAGAAU